GAAGCCGGAGCAGAGACACCAGCAGACAGAGCCACCAUGGAAACCGGGAGCCCCAGGAAGAUACAGUUCACGGUUCCCCUGCUGGACACCCACCUGGACCCAGAGGCUGCCGAACAGAUCAGAAGACGUAGACCCACACCUGCCACUUUAGUGGCCUCCAGUGAUCAAUCAUCACCUGAAAUAGAUGAAGAUCGUCUCCCAAACCAGUUGUACAAGGCAGCCUUGUUGAACUCCCCUCGACAACGGCGAAAAGGGCAAAAGGGAACGCCUACAAUGAAAGAGCUGCAGUUCCUGGUAGAGCACCACCUGUACAGGCAGCAGCAGGGGGCCGGGGACGAGUGCUCCUCGGAGAGCUGCCUGUCGGACCGCCCGAGCCCCGACUCUGUUCCCACCGGGGAGGAGCUCCCACAUGACGAUGAGGCCACUGCAGAGGCCUUUGAGAAACUGCGCUGCCAAAUGGAGGAGUUCUCCAGGGAGAGUCUAUUAGAAGCUGCAGGUGGACUCGAGUGCCCCCUCUCCAAGGACAACGAGGACUGUUCCAGCGUUGCCAGCGUAGCAGAUCCCUCAUCGCAACAAAGCAAGGCACAAGCAGACACGAAAGCAGCAGCAUCCAGCGCGAGUCAGACGGCGGAGGAGAAGACAAAGAAAUGCAGCCUGGAGAAAGAGAAGUAGAGUGGUCUUCUGUGCGUCACAGCGCUGCUCAGUCUGCUCAGCCAGCCCAACACACUGACAGAGGAUUGUGUCUCCAGAUCCACUUUUUAGAUGCAUCAGUGCAUCUGUGUUCCUCCACAGUCAGGCCUCAGUGAUCAACCCAAGAACAAGAGCAACGUUUCUACAAACAUCCCGCAUAAAGGGGUGAUUAUUUAAUUCUGUUUGUUUUCUAUAGCUUCCCCCGCACUAAACUCAAACUAGCUCACUGUAUGUGUGAACCAGACUGGGAGGUACUUCCUAGUUAGUGGGAAGGAGCAAUUAUUUUCCUGUCUCAGUCACACAAUCAUUAUCAUAAACUAUCAGGACUCCCUUUUAAUGUCCAAAGGCCACAAAUAUUCCAUUCAAUCCUUUCAGGCACUUUCUCUCAUUAAAUAUGUGCCAUGACGUCUGCAAUUAUUGUUCCAUCUCAAAGCAAUAAAAUGUUUUUGUACCUCAUAAAAAACUGGGACCGAAACCAUCACUUUCAAAUCCAAAUGCUAUCAUUUAAUCACAGUGAGUUAGAUGCUGAAUCUUGAAUUAGUGGAUAGCACAUCUGGGUUGAUUGACAGUUUAAAUGAAAAAAUAUAUUUACGUGGGUUUACGUGACUGGAUCAGACAUCUACAAAUAUGUUCAGUAAGUCCAACUGACAUUAAUCUUGUAUCAGUCUUGUUGUUGUUGCAGGAAAUGCAGCUGCAAUGAGUAAUUUGUGGAUCCACAGAAAAUGAAUCAGCAACUACUUUGAUAACCGAUUAAUUGUUUUGAUUCAUUCAGAACAAAUGCCAUAAUUCCAUCUUCUCCAGUGUUUGGGGCUGGUAGUUUUCUACCACUGAACAAAAUGUUUUGGGGUUUUGGACAAAAAACAUCAUCUUGAGCUUUGGGAACCCAUGAGGGACAUUUUUCACAUUUUCUGACAUUUUAUGGACAAAGCGAUUAACAGAGAAGGUGAUCAGCAGAAUCAUUAAAGAGAAUAAUUGUUAGUUGCAGCCCUAACAGCGUACAUAUCUGCUCUGUUAAUCACUUUUCCUGUGUUUUCCUUUCAGAAAAACAAAUCAGAAGGCAAAAAGGAGGAAUUUAUAUUAAAAAAUUUCAGGUUUCAUGAUGGCGCCCCCUAGUGUUGCCCACAAAGAGACCGUAUUUUCACCCAUCCAAUCAAAUGGCUUCAUUUUAAACAUAAACGGUUACAUCAUCUGUUAGACUAGCAGCCAGGCAGCAGCUACAGAGGAGCCGCAGCCUUCGAACAACAGCCCACGUUAGCAUCCCAGCUGAAGUCUCCAUCUUAUCUAACCGACUGACACGAACACGCGUCUUGUCCUGCACCUUGUCGAACGAGCGACCAACCAAACAAACAAACUGCUGCUGGCGUCAGUGCACAGGCCAGAAAGCCGCACAUUAAACCGCAUGUAAACAUACCUGAGAUGCUGGCGUGGUCCUCACCCUUCAGCACCACUAACAACAAGCUGUCUGUCACACGACAUGUAGGCUGUAACGUAAGUUUAUUU